UGGGAUUUUAAUUCUCAGCCCAUUCGGUAACUUGAAGGUUUAUAAAUCGGAAGAAAAGAAACCCUCCAGGUGCUGCUGCUGCUUCUUUCCAGUCCACAACCCAGAGAUCCUUCAAGGCGACCACCAUGACUAAGAGAACUAAGAAGGCCGGGAUUGUUGGAAAAUAUGGUACCCGUUAUGGUGCCAGUCUGCGUAAGCAGAUAAAAAAGAUGGAGGUUAGUCAGCACAGCAAGUUUUUCUGUGAAUUUUGUGGGAAGUAUGCUGUGAAGAGGAAGGCUGUUGGAAUUUGGGGAUGCAAGGACUGUGGGAAAGUCAAAGCAGGUGGUGCCUACACAUUGAACACUGCCAGUGCUGUGACAGUGAGGAGCACAAUUCGCAGGCUGAGGGAGCAAACUGAGAGCUGAGCUGCUGUCAAGAAUCCACUCUAUUGUCUCUAGGCUAUCUGCACUGUUGUCUUAGAUACAGACUGCUUGGAAAAUGUUUUUGAGGAUUUUCUAACCAUUUGCACCCUUCCCAUUGUGGACUGGUACUGUUUGCUGGUUAGGCACUGGAAUAUAUCCCGUGAAGAUUUUGUUUAAGAUUUUUGCGUUCUGAUUAA